AUGCACUUCGUUACCCAGUCGGCCUCCGAUGUUCGGCUGGGACUCCAAAAGCUAGGAAAGGGCCCUCGGACCCCGCAAUCAGAAUUCGACGUGGAUUUCAAGGGGUUUAGCAGUAGCGUUGAGUAUCAGACCUUACUCCUGAACAGCUCCUCGGCCACGCUCCUGCCCUACACGGCCCUGAACUCAGCCAUGUUUCUUCCAGACUCCCGACGGCCUCCCCUUGAGCACUCUUGCACUGUGGUCCUAGAACAGACCACCACAGUUCAUGCUGACCUCUUCGAUACUUCCCUGUCCUUGCCUGAUCACAGCUGGGAAUUCACCGACCUCUCUCUGGGCUUCUGUUUCGACCAGGGCGCCGGGGCUCUGCAGGGCGUGGGCCACGUCUUCCGAGAGAAGCGUGAGGGCUCUGAGCGUCUCUUAAAGCUGCAGAACCAGCAUGGUGGCCGUCUUCUUCUCCAGGACGUGGCAGAGCCUUCCCAAGAUGAGUGGGGUAAAACUCAGGACGCCAUGGAAGCAGCCUUGGCCUUGGAGAAGACCCUGAACCAGGCCCUUUUGGAUCUGCAUGCCCUGGCUUCUACCCGCACAGACCCUCAGCUCUGUGACUUCCUGGAGAACCAUUUCCUGGACGAGGUGGUGAAGCUCCUCAAGGAGAUGGGCGACCACCUGACUGACAUCCGCAGGCUGGGCGGCCCCCAGGCUGGGAUGGGAGAGGACCUCUUCGAGAGACUCACCCUCAAGCACGACUAG